CUGAAUCACGCACGUGUGGUGUGUCGAUCGUGCUUUUAUAUUCUUCAUUAAGUUCAUUUGGAACGGGAUGGCUAUUCAUUGUUGCAGCAUGCCAAGCUGAUUUUAUCAGCAACUAAGCACGUGCACGAAUACACGGCAAACCGGAACCGGAAGUGAUGGACGUUAUUAAAUACCGGAUGCAUCGGAAGAUUCCUGUGCUGUGGGCAUUGUGUCUCGUGCUUUGCAUUCUUGUGCUAAUUGAGUUUUGCCUCGUAAUAGUUACAAAGCGGACAGAGCCUCAAGUUACCCCGCCAUUACCCAAAUUGAGAAAUGUUUCUGCUAUCGACAGUAAGGAAGCUGAGCGACUGUACCGUGCAGCCAAGCGAAACGAACAAAGACUGUCUAGGGUGAGGAACGUUUGCACUAAGCGACCGGAAUUAUCAAACGCCACCUCCAGGGCGGAAUUCUGGGUGUCCCCGAGAACAUCUUUAGCCUUUUGUGUCGUCCCAAAGGUCGGCUGUACCUCAUGGAAGCGCACGAUUAGGUUCAUCGAGCACGAUCCUCAAACUUUCGAAUACCCGAGUGACAUUAGUCGGUUUAUGGUCCAUUAUGGUGACUUCAAAACCAUCCAUAAACUGAAACUAACGGAGGGAGGACAAGGCAAAUGGAUUGACCCCGCCCUCAAGUUCAUGUUCUCCCGGGAUCCAUAUACUAGACUGUGGUCGGCGUAUCUUGACAAAUUCGUAUUGCCAGAUUUCUGGCACACUGCUCGCAACGCUAUUCCAGUCGUUCGCCAGAACGUGACCAAGAGAGCGCUAAAAUGUGGGCAUGACAUGACUUUUGAGGAAUUUGUUAGGUACAAUUACGAUCAUAGCGGUUUUAAAGCGGAUCCGAAGUUGAAUGAACAUUUUCAAACUGUGUUGUAUAACUGUAACCCUUGUAAACACGACUUUGACGUCAUAGGCGCUGCAGAGACGUUCGAUGAAGAUACUAACCUCGUUUUGGCGAGCGCGCAAACAUUAGGAGUUAUUCCCAAAAAUCCGAAAGACAGCCGUCUUGAGAGGGAAAUCACAGAUUUAGUAGACUAUAACCUUGAUAUUGUAAAGCAAACACAUUUGCAUGGUAAUAUUUCUGUUGACUGCGUUGGCCUGGAUGCUGUAGGCCGUCGGUUGUGGGAGGUAUUUCAGUACAAUGGUUACCUUGGUGAUUAUGUUCCAUUCCCUGAGGCAUAUUUGAAGAAAGUUACAGACAAGAAAUAUCAUAAUGAAUACAAGCUCUUCUUAAAAACGGUGAUAUUUGAUACAAGAAAAUCAGUCACGACGAAAACAUUGGACAAUUGGAAGGAACAAAGAACCAAGUCCAUGAGGAACGCAUUUCGGUCACUGCCCAAGAGGAUAAUGAAACAGUUUCAGGAAAUGUACGAUGUAGACUUUGACUUGUUUCGCUAUGAAAAGUAUCCAGUGUGGCUAGAGUCUCGAGAUAAAAACUGACUGACUUUAUUUAUGUGACAUGUUUUGUUUGUGGUAUUUGUGAAAUAAGCAGUUCAUUAUCAAAUGUGAACACGGUUUGAAAGAAUUGAAUAUACACAUAGUAUAUACUCUUCCUGUAGACCAAAUUUGGUCAAGAUAUGUCAACUAACAAAGUUAUUCAGUUUCAA